GAGUACAUCGGCAGUGCGCUUUUAUUAAGUCUUAACAGAGCUGUCAAAUCAUGUUUCUCAGUAUGCAUUUAACCUCUUCGAUUUAAAGCACAUGGAAUAAAAAAUAAGCGUCAUCAGUCAUUUUGACAGGUUUCCAUGGCCGCAGAGAAGAACGAGUGUCCUGGGUUCAUCCACCAGAACUCUGAGCCUGUGAGGUCAUGGGAGCUGGAGUCAGUUCUGACUAAUCAUACGUUGUGCUUUGUAGCGAGGUUAGAGCAACAGUUUGUUUGUCCAUCAUGCGGUGGGAUUGUCCUAAACCCACACCAGACGGGCUGUGGGCACAUCUUCUGUGCCCACUGCAUCACAGCAUACAUUGACAAUGGGGGAAUUUCAAAAUGUCCUUUAGACAACAUUUCUAUAAAACCUGAGGAGAUAUUUCAAGACAACUGCUGUAAAAGGGAACUGCUAAACUUAGAGGUCUAUUGCACCAACGCCCCUGACUGCACGCAGAGGGUUACUUUAUGCAAUCUGCAGGAUCAUCUCAAAACUUGUCAGUAUGAGCAACUUAGAUGUUCCAACUCAGGGUGUCCUGAUAUCUUAUUACGCAAAAACUUGUCGGACCAUCAGAGGAAUAUCUGUUCUUUCCGACUGGAAUCUUGCCAACACUGCAGGCAGUCCUAUCCCAUAUCUCAUCUACUGGACCAUCAGAAGUCCUCAUGCCCAGAAGUUGAAGUCCCGUGUUUAAACAAGUGUCCCCAGAUGAUCAAAAGGCACAAGCUGCAGGAACAUGCUGAUGAAUGUUCUGAAGUGGAGACAGACUGCAUGUAUAAAAACUAUGGCUGCACUGUCAGAGACAAAAGAAGGAAGGUUCAAGAUCAUGAAAACACAGAGUUCAGUUUCCACGUUCGGCUUGUUCUGGAAAGUAACACCAAACUUGAGAAACAGGUGGAGCAGUUGCAGCAGGACAUGCUGAUCCAGCAGGGGGCUCUUAAGGACAAGAGUCUUUUGGUCAACAGUCUAGACAGAGAGGCUACCUUGUGUGACAGCACUCUGACUGUCUUACAGAGGUCUGUGGAGGAGCAGAGAGUGCACAUUAGCAGUGUGCAGCGUGAACUGUGCGAUCUCCGGGGUGUUUUAGGGUCUGAGCUGAACGAAGAGCUCCCGAGACUCCAAACAUCACUGGACUCACUCAGACAACAGGUGGCCGUCACCGAAAGUCUCAGGGAACACCUGGGUGCGCUAGAGCAAACGUGUCAGCGGCAUUCUCGUUUGUUGGACAUCCACGUGGAACAGCUGCAGUGUAAUGAGCAGCGUUUUCGCCAACUUGAAUCCACCUCAUACGACGGCAAGCUCAUCUGGAAAGUGCGUGACUACUGGCGGCGUAAAGAAGCCGGUGCUCCACUCAACUCAAUUCCUUUCUACAGCAGCCGCAGUGGCUACAAGCUCAGCGUGCGGGCGUACCUCUGCGGCGACAGCUCAGGGAGAGGCACCCAUCUUUCACUCUAUGUCAUGAUAAUGCGCGGAGACUUCGACACCCUCUUACCAUGGCCGUUCCAUCAGAACAUUACGCUAACAUUGCUGGACCAGAGCGGAUCCCGCAACCACGUGACCAAUGCUUUCACCCCUGAUACUAGCUGUGAUAGCUUUCGGCGUCCAACAUGUGAUGCUAAUGUGGCCACUGGUUUCCCACGGUUCAUCUCUCAUAGCGAUUUGGAGGCACCUCGGAAUGCCGUUUAUGUGAGAGACGACACACUUUUCAUCAAAGUGAAGGUGGACACAACAGGAUUGGAUGACUUGUAGUCUUAGGAACACAUUUUCAUGUUAGGAAAAAACAUCUGAAUUGGGGGGCGAAUUUCAAUCGUAAACUUGGGAGUCAAGAUAGUGUCUUAUUAAAGCUGCCUAUAGAUAUUUAAAACAUUAUAAGAGUUGUUCCUGUUAUGCAGUACCUUUUAAGUUCUGUAACUUUAAAAAAAAUUAAAUAAAAUAGUUUUAAUUUAAAGAACAAUUUCUACAAAAGGCAAUAUUAUACUUGCCCUUGUCAAAAUGGGAAAUUUAACAAGAUGCCUAAGCAUAGAAAUAACUAAAGAAAUCACUUCCUGGAGGUUGAUGUCAUUUACAAUAUCAUAAACCAUAUACCCCCCCCCCCCCCCACUCCCCAAAAAACAAAUCCCAAGAAAACAUUUUAUUUUAAAAUGUUGUUUUGAUUAGAAUUUUUGUUUUUUCAGUCUACAGAUUCAGUUAUUGUUAUGUUUGAAAGGUGGCUGAUUCUCAUGAAAUCUGUCAAGAAAAUAUCCUGGUCCUAUUUUACUCCAAAAUAAAAAAAAGAGAGACAAAUACGAAAUUAUAUUUUGCAUUUAGAAAAUGAAGCCUAUUUUUAGUGUCAUGCAUUUGUUUAUUAUUUUUACGACAGUUAUGCACAAUUUACCCCCCAAUUCUCAUGGCCCUCCACCCAAAAAAGGUCAUUAUGAUAAUCUCAUUACCAUUCAUUUCAUUUCAUUUUCAUUUAUUUCAGGCAAUGGCACAUAAGUACAAGGCAACAAAUAUUGUUAAGUCAUACAGGAUAAAACAAACAUGCAGUAUUAAACUAUGACGAUCGAAAUCUGCCUGAAAGGGAGUGGGAAGAAGACAACUUAUUUAAUCCCACCCCAGUUCCCCAUGCAUUUAAUAAUUAAUACAUUGAGCUUCAUUUUACUUUGCUUACGUAUCGUUUACAAAUGUUGUAUCAUGGUGGCGUUACCACAAGUAACAAGUAUUUAUUAUAACAACCGUACCAACAAUUAAGAAGAAGAAACAAUACCAACAAUGGUAAUGGACAAUAUACCGACGAUAUUAAUGGACAAUAUACCAACGAUGGUUAGGAAAUAUUGAGCACAUGUUAACACUAUAAGACAGAGUACAACAGCAAUGUAAAUUAAAGAUCCUCAUCUCUGUAUCUUAACCAGACCCGAUGUUUAUAUAUCAGUUUAAAUUGAUGAAUAGUUUUACAUUGCUUUUGUUGCAAGUCCAGUUUGUUCCAGAGUUUCACUCCGCAUACAGACACACAAAAAUGUUUACGAGUGGUUUGGGCUCUUUGUAAUGAAAAAUAUCCAAAACCUCUCAA